UGUAAUUUUUGCCAAUUCACAGAAACGUUGGUGUGAGACAAUUUGGCUCCAUUGGCAACGAAAAACAAAGAUGGCCGCUACAAGUUCAGCUGGAGCUGCUGUGAAUUCUUUCAGUUGAUUUAUUCGUCAGAGAGAGCGAAAUAAUCCAUACAGCCAUGUCGCUGGUGCAGACACCUGGGGCGGAGCCGCCCAUGUACCUGCAGAGGCCGUCCUCAGGUAGAUCUCAGGACAUUUCCCACGUGUUGGCAAGCACUUUCCGCGAACUCUUCACGCGCGAUGUCGUCACACCCGACACGGUGAAGUAUCUGAACACGUCUCGUCAUGGUGACGAUGUUUACCAUGAGAGAUACGUGGAAGAUCUCAGGAAGAUCCAGGCGGAGCGGGAGCGGCGGAUGCAGGAAGUCUCCAUGCUGGAGCGACACAUCAUCCAGGCACGGGCGCGCGCCACCUCCGCCGACGAACGGGCGCUGAACAGGGUCGCAGAGGGCUACAAUACCUACCACGACCUGGGGCUCCCACCAGUCCGCUCCCAUUUCUGCUACCUGCUGGACAGUGAACUUCUGAAGAGACACGGACUUCUGGUGCCGGAACACUUCUCCACACAGGAGCCGCCUCCGCAGAAACCUCCUGAAGCUGUGGAGCUGCCCAACUACGCGCGCGACACCCUCACCUUCCACGAGCACGUCUCCACCAGCCCGGUGGAUGAUGGGUAUGAUGACCCAGAUGAGAUGCCUAGGAAAGAGGUGAAGAGGUCACCCACGACCAGGGUAACCCAGGAGGAGAGCAGGCCCAAAACUAUCAAAGAAGGUCUCCGCGAGGUGUGGAAGGAGGCGAUGCCGCCCGUGUCUCGAGUCAAGGAGCGCUCCGUCCUGGCCAACCUCGAGGAGCGGCACAACUUCUUAAGGAACCCGCGACACAUCCCACCCUCGGCACCCCACGGUGGCAGGACUCUGGUGAAGAAGAAGAAGAAACUGCCCAAGCUGGUGGGAGGGAGGAGUGUGUAUGUGGAAGAUAGCCCCACAGAAAAGGAGCCAGCGGUAGUCUUCGUGGCAUCGCCGUUAGAAGUUGUGUUCAGGCAGUACAGCGUGGGACAAGUCUAUGAGAUGAUCCUGGACUUGAAGAAUGUGACGACAGCCAGUCGGCAGUGUCGAGUCAUUCCUCCUAAGACGUCUCAUUUCUCAGUUGGACUAGGCCAGUUCCCGGGCGAGCAGGGCACCGUAGCGCCCGGUAUGAGCUGCCAGUACACAGUCCGGUUCGCGCCGGACUCGCUGGCGGACUAUGACGACUGUGUGCAGGUUCAGACCCAGUCUGCCACGCCCAUGUUCAUCAAGAUCAAGGGCAGAAGAGAGCCCCCUGCCCUCACAUUACCGUCAGUGCUAGACUGCGGACACUGCCUGGUAGGAGGGUGCAGAGUUGUGCAGUUCCUGUGCAGGAAUGACGGAGGGCCGGGAAGGUUCUGCCUCAUGCCGAAGAAAAACUGGCCGACUGCAAACUACAGGAGCAUCUCCACCCCCGGUCGUGUGGAGCUCGCCCCGUUCGAGGUGCGGCCUGCUGUCUUUCAGCUCAUGCCGGGGGAGGCCAUCCUGCUGGAGAUUCUGUUUGCACCAACAUCCAUCAAGACCUUCAACCAGACUGUCACCAUGGUGUGUGACAACUGUCAGGUCAAACACUUUACUGUCAAGGGUGUUGGCCAGACGGCAGGUGUGGAGAUGAUGAUGGUUGCGGGCGGGGAGAGCGAGCCGUUGCCGGGGGAGAUCCUUGACGCCACGGCACGACACCUGAUCCGCUUCGACUCGGUUCACCCCAUGACCUUCGCACAGCGCUCAAUGGCCAUCCGGAACACAACGGACGUGGAGCUGCCAUUCCACUGGCAGAUCGUGAAGCCGACCCUUGAACCCCCCGACCCCGGCGAGGGUGAGAAGGUCUCGGGGAACAUCGAGUGUUACCCCGACGUCGGGACGGCCUUCUCCAUUAUUCCGGAGGGGGGAGUCCUGCAGCCCAGCAACACCGAGGAGUUUGUGGUCACCUUCGCACCUACUCAGGUAAGCAGCCUGGCUGUUGGCAUUUUUACAGGUAUUACUGGAAAUGAGGAGACGAGCUACAACAGUGUUCUGCACAUGAUCCUGCACCACAUCCCAGAGAUACCGCACAGCGAUGAGGACACCACCCCCCGGGACAGGCCCCCCACCCCCGAGGGGAAGGCAGACAUACACAGACAAAAGUCCUCCGACUCCCUGGGGUCCCAGUCCUCCUCCAAAGCCUCGGAGGACGGGCUGCGCGUACGCGAUGUCAUCGCUCUGGAGGUGGAGCUGAAAGGAACGUGCCGGACGUACAACGUGCUGCUGGAUCCGUACGCAAUCAUCGUUCCCGGGCAACUCCUGAUGUCCACGCCGCUCAAGAAACACUUCAGGAUGAUCAACACCAGCCAGUGGAUGCUAUCCUUCUCCUGGGAGUCCCUGAGUGACCCCCACAUUCUGGAGGUGGAGCCGCCGGCUGGGCACAUAGAAGCAGGCGAUGUGAUGGACAUGCAGCUGAGCAUCACAGGGGGCCAGCCGGGGGUGCUAGAACAUCGACUGCUGUGUCACAUCCAGAACAGGAGCGAACCCGUCAGUCUCUACAUCAGGGCAAACAUCAAGGGCCCUGAGGUGAUCAUCGAGACACCAUCGCUAGACUUUGGGCUGGCGCAGCCGGGCGACGUGGUGGUUCGCGAGAUCCAUGUGCGGAACACGUGCCAGAUACGCGCCAAGUGGUCGCUGCAGGAGAGUGCCGCUUUCCUGGAGACUGAGGACGGCACUGUGCUCCCCAGUGAGUUUGAGCUGACCCCGUCCUCGGGUGAACUCCCGCCCCUCGGCUCCCUGGCCGUCCGCGCAGUCUUCAGACCCGCGCGGUGCCGAAGCGUGCGUACGGUCUUCGUGCUGAUGGUACCCAAUGGGCCGGACAGCCAUGUAGGUGCCCAAGUUGAAGUUCAGACCCCGCAGGUGUGCCUGAUGUCCUGCCAGCUGGUGAUCGAUGAGAUCUACACGGACGUGCCCGUUCGGCGGGAAAUCACGCUGCUCAACCAGACACUACUCGAGACGGACUUCACCUGGGGACAGGUGCGCUGCUUGUUUGUUUGUUUGUUUAUGUGUUUAUAUCUACACGGACGUGCCCGUUCGGCGGGAAAUCACGCUGCUCAAUCAGACUCUGCUGGAGACGGACUUCACCUGGGGACAGGUGCGCUGCUUGUUUGUUUGUUUGUUUAUGUGUUUAUUAUGAUCGAUGAGAUCUACACGGACGUGCCCGUUCGGCGGGAAAUCACGCUGCUCAACCAGACACUACUCGAGACGGACUUCACCUGGGGACAGGUGCGCUGCUUGUUUGUUUGUUUGUUUGUUUAUGUGUUUAUUAUGAUCGAUGAGAUCUACACGGACGUUCCCGUUCGGCGAGAAAUUACGCUGCUCAACCAGACACUGCUGGAGACGGACUUCACCUGGGGACAGCCGGAGGGCCCGCAUGCGGAGCGUUGCAGCGUGGAGUUCGGGACCCCCUGCGGACAUCUUGGACCUCGGGAGAAGGUCGACAUCACUGUCACCUUCACAGGACACACACAGGGUGAGAUCUCGGAGGUGCGGAUCCCUUGUCGGAUCCAGGGCAUGGCGGAUCCCGUGUACCUGACCGUCUUCUGCCAGGUGCGGGGGCUCACCGUGUCUUACAACGUCUCCAAGGAACCAGAAAUGGAGGUUGAAGAUGCAAACAGCGACUUGGUGCUGGAUUUCGGUAAGGAUGUGGAGAUCCACGGCAACCCGCGCAGAUUCCUCCACAUCACCAACCACACGGCCAUCAUGGCCCCCUUCUCCAUCCAGGUCGACUACUUCCACGCGCGGCCCCCCUCCCCACCCGGACAGAAGGCAGGGGUGUUCCAUCCUGUUACCAAAGGUUCCAGACGUCAGCUCCUGGGCCGCACGCCGAACAUCGCCGAUCCGCUCAGCAAGACGCCGAGCAAGUCUGCGGUGGACUUCUCUCAGGCGCUGCUUCGGGACGGGAAGGGCGCGGCGUUCCUCGUGCACCCCGCCGCGGGCGUGCUCAUGCCGUUCCACACCGUUACCGUGGAGAUAGCCUCCUACAGCGACAUCUGGGGGGAGUACCGCGACCAGCUCAUCUGCAAGGUGAAAGACCUUGCGCCGGUGUCCGUCCCCAUACGCAUGACCGUCGUCGGCUGCCCGCUCAACUUCCAGAUGACGGCGGCGUUCCGAGACCAGCAGCCUGUCGUCCGGUACGGGACGCACGUGUCGGGCGUGGCUCCGAUCGUGCGGAACAUGCGCGUGAACAACCCGUGUCCGCACGACAUCCGCGUGGACUGGCAAUCCUUUAACUACGGACAGCAGGACACACAGCUGCUGGACCUGAUGGUGAGCUACGGACAAGCCUUCCCACGGAGGGACCGGAACGGGGAGGAGAUCGUGCCUCCGGAGGUUUUAGUAGAGGAGGAGCCAGCAGACUCCCCACAGGAGGAGGCCCCAGAGAGAAGAAAGGUCGUCCUGGUUAACCUACGACCCCACGAGGGUCAGAGGGCAAACCAGCCAUAUGACAUCACCCCCAAGCAGCUGGUGAUUCAGGCCCGUAGCCAUGGCAACAUCAAGGUGACCUUCACGCCGCUGCAUAACCAGGAUGUUGAGACCGGCAUCGACUGUAAUGCCUUCGCUCUGGGCUUCAUGAGUCUGGACAGCAAGGUGGCCCUGAGCGUGCCCGGGAAGGUGUCGCGGGUUCAGGGGUAUCACAUGACACCCCUGCGGCUGGAGAUGACGUCUCACGUCAAACCGGCGCAGCUGACCCUGGAACCGGCUGACGAGGAGGGGAUGGUGUACUACACGGCAGCCAGCGACCUCAUGCAGCAAGGACAGCUGUCCUCAGAGUUCCUGAAGACGACGUCGUGCACGGUGACCAACAAGACAGAGACCCCACUCCAGUUCCGCCUGGUCACGACCCCGCCCUUCCUGCUGGUCGGGGUGGAGGUCGCAGGGGUCAGAGGUCGGGCCUUUGCUCGUACUCAGGCUAGCGGCUUCUACACACUCAACCCCAGGCAGAACAUGAAGGUGAGCAUCGCGUUCCGUGUGAGCAUGGACCUGGUGCAUCUGGUGGACAAACUGGCGGGCUGGCGGGAGGGCGACAAGAUGUGGCUGACUCGGCACGGGGGCGAGCGGAGGCUGCACUUCACCCAGAACAUGGUCAUCGAGUUCAACAAUGGCACAACUCAGGUGAGCCUUACACAGAACAUGGUCAUCGAGUUCAACAAUGGCACAACUCAGGUGAGCCUUACACUAACUCAGAACAUGGUCAUCGAGUUCAACAAUGGCACAACUCAGGUGAGCCUUACACUAACUCAGAACAUGGUCAUCGAGUUCAACAAUGGCACAACUCAGGUGAGCCUUACACAGAACAUGGUCAUCGAGUUCAACAAUGGCACAACUCAGGUGAGCCUUACACUAACUCAGAACAUGGUCAUCGAGUUCAACAAUGGCACAACUCAGGUGAGCCUUACACUAACUCAGAACAUGGUCAUCAAGUUCAACAAUGGCACAACUCAGGUGAGCCUUACACUAACUCAGAACAUGGACAUCAACAUCGACAUAGCUAAGGUGAGCCUUACACUUACACUGAACAUGAUCAUCGAGAUCGACAAUGACACAGCUCAGGUGAGACUUACACUGAACAUGAUCAUCGAGAUCGACAUUGACAUCGCUAAGGUGAGACUUACACUGACACUGAACAUGGACAUCGACAUCGACAUUGGCACAGCUAACGUUAGACUUACACUGACCAUGAUCAUCGAGAUCGACAUUGGCACCACUAAUCUGUCCUCAGAGUUCCUGAAGACGACGUCGUGCACGGUGACCAACAAGACAGAGACCCCACUCCAGUUCCGCCUGGUCACGACCCCGCCCUUCCUGCUGGUCGGGGUGGAGGUCGCAGGGGUCAGAGGUCGGGCCUUUGCUCGUACUCAGGCUAGCGGCUUCUACACACUCAACCCCAGGCAGAACAUGAAGGUGAGCAUCGCGUUCCGUGUGAGCAUGGACCUGGUGCAUCUGGUGGACAAACUGGCGGGCUGGCGGGAGGGCGACAAGAUGUGGCUGACUCGGCACGGGGGCGAGCGGAGGCUGCACUUCACCCAGAACAUGGUCAUCGAGUUCAACAAUGGCACAACUCAGAACCUGCCCCUGCGGGCGAGCCUGGUCAUCCCCUCCAUCAGCCUGUCGGUGGAGACAGUGGACUUCGGCAUCUGCAUGGUGGAACAGGAGCGGGAGAUGGACAUCAUUAUCGCCAACCCCACCGCCUCAGACUGUUACUGGACUGCAACUAUCGAGAGCAGAGAUAAGGACCAGGCGUUCCAGGUGACUCCGGCCAGCGGCCUGCUGCAGGGAGCGCUGUCACACAUUGCGCAGAACAAGGCACUACUCAAACUCAACUUUUCUGCUAGACACAUCGUCACACUCUCUCACAUUGCUCAGAACAAGGCACUGCUGAAACUCAACUUCUCGGCACGACACAGCAAGGCCUUUGAGUGUGUCAUCGUCUUCCAAGGUGUACUGGGGGAGGAGGUCAGAAGGUUACAGGUUAAAGGUCAUGGUUCAUAUGAUGGCAGACACGAAGCCAUCAUGGACAUCUGAAUUCUCUUUGACCUUGAAAUUGUACAGAUUUGUUUAUUGUUAAUUCCAUGUUGCGUGUGUUGGGUGGAAAAAUAUGUUACUGUGGAAAAAAGGAAAAGAACAUUGCUCACAUGUAUAUAUUGGUAAAUAAUUCUAAAGCAAUUGAUCAAGGUUUUGGUGAGAUUUUACACUGGAUUGUUUACAUAGAGCAUAUAAAGAUGUGGAUAACCAUUAUAGAUAAGUAGAACCAAAUUUUGAACACUGUGAAAAUUUAAAAGACUUGAGAGAGAGUAGAGUUUUCUAUUAUAUUGUUUCUGAGCAAUAAUUAUUAAUCUGAUGACUAUAUUCUGUAUGUAUAUGUGAUGAAUCAUGUGUCAUCAAAAACACAGCCUUGUAUGGAAACUGUUGUACAAACUUCAUUUUCUCUGUGGUUUAGACUCAACAUGUUUGAGGUUUUGUUAUCUUUUGGCAAUCACAUGUACAUGCAUUAAACAUUGUUGU